AUGGAGGAGCCGAAACCGGAACCUGAUGUCCCGAUAAAUACAAAUGUCCCACGAAGGGUCAAAGUAUACCUAUUACAAGGAGAUGAUUGGCUAGAUAACGGAACUGGCUAUUGUUUUGGAGAAGUGGAACCAGAAUCUAAUCGACCCUAUUUCAUUGUAAGACAUGAAUUGGACCAUGACGAUAUCAUUCUUAAACUGUAUUUGGAAGGAACAACUCAAUAUCAACGACAGCAAGAAAGCUUGAUUGUAUGGACAGAUCAUUCAGGAAAGGAUUUAGCUCUUUCCUUCCAAGAGAUUGAAGGUUGUGCUGAUGUAUGUGAUUUCAUAGUUAGAGCCCAACAUUCAAAGCUUUCAGCAAAUAUUUCCUUAUAUUAUGUGAUUCCAGGUUCAGUAGAUGGGGAUGACAUAACAGAAUUGAUUGCUGGCCCAAUAAAAUACCCUGAACUACCAACAAUGUCAAAUUUGGAAGAAUGUUUAGAUCUUAUAAGGUCCGCUUCAUCAUCCCAAUACGCCCGGAAUUGCAUUGUCAAAUAUCUUUUAGAGCAAGAUUAUUUUGAUAAAUUGGUUGGAAUAUUCAAUCAAUCGGAGUCGUCUCGUAAGAUCACUAAUUUGUUUCUAUUGAAUGAAAUUGUUAGAUCGCUAUUCCAAUAUGGUGAUCCCAUUUUGGUAGAAUCAUUUGUGAGUCGAAUUGAUCGAAUAUACGGGAUGGCUGGAAUCUUGGAAUACGAUGCCGAAACACCGCAUAUGAAAACUUGCUACAGAGAUCUUCUUGAUAGGAAACUGUUCAAAUUUGUCAUCCCCAUAGAUGAUGUAGAAAUGUUCAAGAAGGACUUUUAUCUCACCUUUAUCAAAGAUGUGGUCUUAUCAAGAUUCUUGGAAGAUCAAGCAUUCCACAUUAUCCAAUCAUUAAUUUAUACCAAUCAAGUCAACAUCAUAGAGUACUUGGCCAAAUCUGAACUAGUUAAGUACUUGAUGAGUAUGUAUCAGGUACUGGACGGCUAUACUAAUGAUGAUGGUGUUCAUGUUGAAACAAAACGUGAUGGAAUAAGAAUGCUUCAUCAAUACGUACUCAUAGCUAAAUCACUACAGGGGAAACAAAGAAUAGCUUUUUUUUCAGCAUUAAUCAAAGGAGGACUCUUUGAUAUGAUAAAUUUUGCAUUGAAUGAUGAUUUAAGUGAAAUACGAAUAUUGGGAACAGAAUUAAUUGUGGUUAUAAUAGAACUGGAUGUGUCCUUAGUUAAUACUUUACAUCACCCGGGUGAAGAAAGCGGUGACUUAAUAAUAGAUGAUGGGAAUUGCAAGGAAAUUGAAGAACCUGACCCAAACAUACCCCGAUGUAAGGGUGUUAAUUUAAGGUUAUCAGAUGAUAUGACCUUGAUUAAGAUUUUUACCAAAUUAAUGAAACGAGAUCAAAAUCCAGGAUUGAAAAUCCAAGUUUUUGAAGCCCUAAGGAUUCUUCUAGAUCCUGAAACAGUUCAAGCACCUCUGUGGUGUGAUUCUGAAAGAUCUAAUGAUGAUAUUGUUACCGGAAUUUUAAAUGGGAAAGAUGAUACUGAAGAAGUCAACCAUGGUGGUGUGAAUACCAGCAAUUAUUUCAAGGCAUUUUAUGAACAGGUGGCACCUGAAUUGUUUGAGAGUUUGAUAAAACUCUCACAAUCUAACGAUUUAAGUCCAAGAUUAUUUCAAGAUCAUUUGCUUUUGCAACAGUUAUGUGAUUUGAUAGUUUAUUGCUGUGGUGAACAUGAUACACUUUUAUCACGUCCAUUCUUUUUGGUCAAUGAUAUUGUACUUGGAGUUUCAAAGAUUUUGAUCAGCAAAUGCAAGACAAGUUUGAAGUUGAGUGCAGUUAGGUGUAUUCGAUGUCUUGUGCUUUUGAAUGAUGACUUGUAUUGUCAAUAUAUCAUCACCAAACCAGUGCUACACAACUUUUUCAUAUUCUUUCAAGAGGUGGUUCAUCGAAACAACUUGGCCAAUUCUUCAUGUCUUGAUUUCCUUGACACCAUUGUCAAGAACUUUGAUCCUUCCACAACUGCCCAAGCCAGUAAAUACAACUACCAUGCAUUGGCACAUUAUAUUUACCAGAAUUAUCAUGAACUUUGUGAGACCGAGAUCAGCUAUGUUUCGACUGGCAAGACAUUGAUUCGGUUAGUUGAAGAAGCAAACUUUGUCCAUAAGCAAGGUAACGACGAGCAUGCACAUAUGGAAGAUGACUCCUGUGACGAUGAUUCGGCUGAUAUGGAAGAAGAAGAAGAAGAAGAAGAAGAAGCAGAAAAAGAAGAAGAAGAGGAAGAAAAAGAAGAAGAAGAAGAAGAAGAAGAAGAAGAAGAAGUAGAAGCAGAUGCAGAAGCAGAUGCAGAAGGAGAAGAAUUGGCUCAAGACACAAUUAAAGUUUCAACACCUGGGAACUUACAACAAGAGAACGGAGGACCUCUCGACAGAAACAAGGAACAGGAACUGCCAAGGGUCACAAUCCAUUCAAGUAAGAAAAUAAACUCUAACCAUGCGCAACAACAACUACAGGCACUUAAAGCAAAACAUAUACUUGAUGUUCCCAUCUCUCUGGCUACAACAUCCAACGGCACCACAACUUCAUAG